AUCCGCAGAGCCUUCCGCAGCAUCCGCAACACCCUGCCAGAGAUCACCUACGUGUUCCUGCUCUUCAUGUUCAGCCUGCUCAUGUUCUCCCUCAUGGCCCUGAAGCUGUUUGGUGAGAGGAACCUCCGGACAGCAGAGGGCUUGCCCUAUUUCAGAAACUACCUGGACAUUGUGUUUGACCUCUACGUGCUGGUGACGACCGCCAACAGCCCGGAUGUCAUGAUGCCAGCGUUUGACUUCAGCUCGUGGUACGCGCUCUUCUUCAUCGCCUUCGUCAUCAUCAACACCUACAUCUUCAUGUCCCUCUUCCUGGCUGUUGUCUACAACAACUACAAGAAACACCUGAAGAACGAGAUCCGCCAGCUCGCGCACAUGAAGCGCCGCAAGAUGACCGAGGCCUUCAACCUCCUGAAGGAAGAGGAAGGGGGAAGGUUUGUGGUGAGAGAAGCCCGGUGGAAGGAGCUCGUGAAGCUGGUGGCCCCUGACAUCAGCAGGUCCCACCGGGAGCUGCUGCUGCGCAUCUCAGAUGAGGAGCAGAAGGGCUUUGCCAAACUUGGAGGGUGGGACCUCCUGCUCUCAGCAGAGGACAAGGAGAGCCUCCUUGUCAGGCGCCGUGGUCACCCCCUGGGCCGGUGGGUGCCAGGGCUGUACGGCUGGGCGGGGAGCCGGCUGCUGCGGGGCAUGGUGAGGCACAGGGGAUUUGUCUGGACGUAUGAUGUGAUUAUUCUAAUAAAUGCCAUCUUCAUUGCCCUGGAUGAGGAAACCCCCUACAUCUCCUACGCAGAGUGGGUCUUCCUUGCCCUGUACAUCGUGGAGAUACUCCUCAAAGUGUACACCUAUGAACCCAGGGCCUUCUUUGGCAAGAACCAGUUCUGGAACUGGUUUGAUACCCUCAUCAUCUUUGCUGCCUUGACUGCAACGAUACUCAGUGCCACCCUCCAGUCCACCACAAAGUACAACAGCCAACAGAUCCUGGACAUUGUCUUCAUCCUAAGGGUCCUCAGGCUAAUAAGGAUUGUUGACAGCAUUCAAAGGUUCCGGGUCAUCAUGAACACGCUGAUAAACAUCGUACCCACAAUGCUGACCUUUGGUGGGCUGACUCUGGUGGUGUACUGCGUGUUCGCCAUCAUCGGCAUGGAGCUCUUCCACGGGAAGAUCCAGUUCUUCCCUGCCAACUCAAACGCUCCCCACGCCCUGGAAUGUGGAAACCCAGCUCUCAAGGAUUCCCUGUUUGCCCGUGGGAAGUACUGCAAGAACAACUUCAACAACUUCGCCUCGUCCUUCAUCGUCCUGAUGGAGCUCACGGUAGUCAACCAGUGGCACGUCUUCGCCAACGGGUUCGCCAGCGUGACGGCCCCGCCCGCGAAGCUGUUCUUCAUCGCCUUCCACAUCGUCAUGGUCAUCAUCAUCGUCAAUAUCUUUGUGUCCUUCAUUCUGGAAGCUUUCUUCGUGGAGUACUCCCUGGAGAAGAGUGAAGUGGAGACAGCCAUUGAACAGAAGAUCCAGGAGCUGGGGAUGGGAGUUCAAGAGGAUGAGCUGCGGGACGAGCAGCUGCUUGAGAACAUGGAGAGCGCCGAGCACGACCUCGGGGGGGAUGCUGGAGCAAAGCCCCAGGCCCAAGGGCUGCUGUUUAAAAUUGCCUCCAAACGGUACAGGACGGUUGACGCUCUGCUCCAGCGCAUGUUCGAGGCCGAGAUCCCCCUGGAGGACGAGGGCCCCUCGCUGGAAGAGGCGCCGAGCUCGGCCCCCGCGCCCUCGGAGAGCGCGGCCUGA